CACUGAGAAGAUGAGCAAUUACUACCUCAGAGUCGCCCAGAACGCCUUCCUAAACCACACGAAGGAGCGCAGCAACAAAUUCAUGCUGGUCCUGGCCAGCCACCACCCUGAGCAGUUACACUGGGACAUCCAUGACUGCAUCGACUUGAUGGUUCACUUCGACCUGCCACGGCAGGAGGAGCGGGAGCGCCUAGUGAGAAUGUAUCUCGACAAGUAUGUUCUUAAACCGGCCACAGAAGGAAAGCAGUAAGUGUCCCGCCUCACCUGCCCCCUGUCCAGGGACCCUCGCUCAGGG